UGACAGCGCUGUGGCAAACGUAUUUCAAAACAACAUACAAUGUAAAACUACAUUCUUCAUCGACGAAAAAAGGGUGCAUUUUGUGUCGGAAUUAAGCGUAAAAGACUGCUGAAACGAUGCUCACGUCACGAGUUACUGUCUGCUGCAGCAUGCAUGGACUAAACCAGUCAUGCUUUCGUACAAAUUACAUAAUUUCAUUCCGUUGUUUAGCGGACCGGGCCAAGGCAGUCGAUUCGGGUGCGCAGGAAAAAGAGUCCUUCCAGUACUACACCAUCGCAUCGGAGCAGGUGACAAAAGGGCCAAGUCCAAAGCAUGGCACGGAUGUGGCCCUGCGCCGUAUCAGCUUGGUCGAUCUGGCCAAAAGCAAGCUGUACGAGGCACAAUCAUUCUACGACGAGUUUAGCGGUAUGAACGAGGUGAAAGUAGCGCAGAACAAGGUGAUCGAAAUUCAGGACCAGCUGCAGCUCGUCCAGGAACGUCGACGGCACAUCCUGCUGGAGCUGACGUUGGUGCGCAAACAGCUGCAGGACAUUCACAUCGAGCUGCAGAAGGCAACGCGGGGGGAGCAUCGUUACGUGGAGCUGAUCAAGCAGGAGUUUGAUGUGCUCGCACGGGAGAAGGAGAAGAACCAAAUCUUUCAAAUCAUCGACCAGGAGGAGCGGGAACUGUUCUCGCACCUGACGGCAGCGGUCAAGACGUCCCACGAGAAGGAACGCACGCAGGCGAACAACGUAAAGUACUGGUCCAUCAUUGCGUCCGGCGUAGGGGCACUGUUGGGCAUUGUGGCCACCUCGAUAAACUAUUACUUCCGUAACACCCAGUUCGAAACGAUACGGAAAGCGGCCGAGGAAAACAAUCGGAAGCUGGCCGGCAUGGAGAAGCAGCUGGUGAACUUAGAGACGUCCAUCGGACGAAUGAACGUUGAAUGGAACCGUUAUUUGAGCGAGAAACGGGUAGCUGAGCAGCGCCGAGUGGCACGCAGCUCGCCCGAGUCCUGGGGCGGGUACUUCCGACGGCAUUUGUCGCGAUUCGCUCGUGUUUUCAUACCAAAAGCUUAGCGAAGGGGGAGUUACUUUAUCGGUAUACCGAUGUGGAGCCUUUUUGUAGUGGCAGAUUUGCCCCGGCUUCGAAACUCAGCUGGAGAGAAUUUAAUUGAUUACCAAACGCUUAGGUCUGUGUUAUAGUAUCGGGUAACCUGAACCAUUAAGCCCUAUCGACUAAGAGCAUUUAUGAUGUUUAGAACAAUUUACAGGAUUGUUGCAUUUGUUGACUGGUACAGGGCGUGAUUGCAUAGUUGGUACGGUAGGAUAGGAACCAUAUGAUCGAUACACGCGAUACGGAAUGGAUGCAAAUAUAAUAAUUACUUUCAUUGAACGUUGUACAGUUCAAGCAAAAGUA